CUCCCCUCCUCACUCUCCCCCUCCCCAUGCCCCCACAACCACAGGUGAUCUACCAGCCUGUACAGAGUGAGGAGGGGAGCUCAGGCUCAGACCGCUUGGACCCGGGGCCGUACCUGAGGGUGAUGCAGACCAUUGAGGAGCGUUACCCGGCGGAGGAGCGCGGAGACCUGCUCAUCUUCCUGAGUGGGGCAGCAGAGAUCGGCAUCGUGGCCGAGGCAGCGCGGACACUGGCUGCUCUCACCAAACGCUGGGUUGUCCUGCCGCUGCACAGUGGGCUCUCUGCCUCCGAGCAGGACAAGGUCUUUGAUGUCGCUCCGCCAGGUGUCCGAAAGUGCAUUGUGGCUACAAACAUCGCAGAGACGUCUGUUACAAUCGAUGGUGUGCGCUUCGUCAUCGACUCAGGGAAAGUGAAGGAAAUGAGCUUCGAUCCAAAGGCCAAGAUGCAGCGACUGCAGGAGUUCUGGAUCAGCCGGGCCAGCGCGGAGCAGCGUGCGGGGAGAGCAGGGCGCACGGGGCCUGGUGUUUGUUACCGGCUGUACGCCGAGUCUGAUUACCAGGCUUUUGCCCCCUACCCUGUGCCAGAGAUGCAGAGGGUGGCACUCGAUGCCCUGGUCCUGCAGAUGAAGAGCAUGGGGCUCGGGGACCCGCGCACCUUUCCUUUCAUUGAGCCGCCUCCGCUGGCCAGUGUGGAGACAGCGAUCCGUUAUCUGCAGGAUCAGGGCGCGCUGGACAGCAGUGAGAACCUUACUACUGUUGGGAAACUCCUGGCAGAUCUGCCUGUGGACGUGGUCAUUGGAAAGAUCCUGAUCCUCGGUAGCACCUUUGACCUGGUGGAGCCAGUACUGACCCUGGCUGCGGCCCUGAGUCUUCAGUCCCCGUUCCUCCGGCAGGCGGGUCUGGAGUGUGCGACCGCACGCAAACCCCUGGAGAGUGACCAGGGAGACCCCUUCACCCUGCUGAAUGCCUUUGAAGAAUGGCUUCAGGUGAAGUCAGUGAGAGGCGGCCAUAGCAGGAAGUGGUGCCGGAGGAGGGCACUGCAGGAGCAGCGGCUGUACGAGAUGGUGAACCUGAGGCAGCAAUUCAAGAUGCUGCUGAAGGACCACCAGCUGCUGAGGGAGGAGGGCGGCUCCUCCAAGGACAGUUACCGGCGGCAGCAGCGUCACCGGGAGCGGCAGGAGCUGCAGAAGGUGAAGCGGCAACACGAGGAACAGGAUGGGCGGAGGCGCAAGGUGCUGCGACUGGAGGAGGAGGAGGAGGGGUCAUCGGAGGAAGAGGGGUCCCACCGCUCGGGUACCCACCCGCGUGUGGUGGACAUUCAGGACGUGAAGUUCAAGCUGCGUCACAACGUGGAGGAGCUGCACGCUGCCGCAGUCUCCCAGCAGCUGUCUCCUCGCUGCUUCCAGCUGCUCAAGCUGCUGGUGUGUUGCGGUCUCUACCCUCAGCUGGCCGUGCCCGACGAGUUCAACAGCCGGCGCAAGGACUCUGAGCAGAUCUUCCACACUCAGAACAAACAAGGGGUUGUGCUCCAUCCCACCAGCGUCUUCAGCUCCAACCCAGGCCUGCUGCAUGUUGAGGAGGAAUGCCACAGAGAGACACUGGGACUGAGGUCCGAGCAGAGCCACCACCACCAGGUGCUGGCCUUCGUCUCGUUGUUGGAGACAAACAAACCCUACCUGCUGAACUGUGUCCGGGUCCCCGCACUGCAGUACCUCCUGCUGUCGGCUCGCUCACUGGACACAAGCGCCGACUGCGGCCGAGUGGUGGUGGAUGGGUGGCUGGAGCUGGUGCUGGCGGAUCCUGCGGUAGGUGUGCAGAUCCUGUCGAACGUCAUGCGGCUGCGAGACAGUUGGGAGCAGGUCCUGACCGACCAGUUAAAGCUGACAGAACAGCAUGGCGGGGCGGAUGACGAGGAGGAGCAGCGACGGAUCAGGCACCUGAGGGAAUCAUUGUGUCAGAGACUCAUGGACUUUCUGGAGGCUGAGGUACCGUACUCUAUCCGCCAACUCACGGGGCUGGAGAGGCAGAACCUGUUUGUGGGGCCUCAGCUGGUGACGGACAUGCCAUUACUGGAGGUGCUGAGUGUGGGCAGUGAAUGCCAGCCCCAUCCGCUGAAAGGAGGCCUGGCAGUGAACGAGUAUUUGACCUACAACUGCCUGGCGGGUCAGGACCUCUACAGCGGGUGCUUGCGGACUUUCUGGACCUGCCCAACUUGUGACCUCCGGCUCCCCCUCACUCCCCUCGAGCGAUGGCAGCAUGAGACCGGAUGUAGGGCAAAGGCCGAGGAGGGCGAGCAGGCAGCCUCGGCCAGCAUCCUGGGAUCAAGGCCCAGCGUGCCUCGGGGUCUCCAGCAGCCCUUCCACUGUGACCAUUGCCAGCAGGACUUUCUGUUCACCCCCACCCAGAUCCUCAGACACAAGUGGCAGCACCGGUGACACCAGCCACUGCUCAGGAGGAGGAUGGCUGGUCUGCGCUCCACCUAUGGCCAGUGGUGAGCCAGCCGGGCAGGACAGACUGUUGGGGGUUGGCUGGGGCUGAGGUCACCACCACAAGCUCGCUGUUUUACUUGCACACUCUGUGGAGGAAAUAUGUUCUUGUCGAUUAAAAUGGAUUUGCCAUGUG